AUGUCGGAUUCAUCAGAUACUCGCGAGCGCAUCCGCUCUAACGUCAAAGCGAAUCCGGCCCCGGAAGGGAAUGGCACGCCACCCAAAGAAGGCUUAGUGGAGACAAACGAUAAUGCUGGUCGCAGCACAGUGAAAAUACGUAAUCCAGCCCGCCACGCAAAACAAGUUCAGCGCGAUGGCGAUGAUGGCGCGCAAGCGCAGGUCGGAGACAUUGCCGAUUUCCUCGAAAGGGAGGGGUGCAGAGUACGCAACAAGGUCAAUAAGAAGCAGUCUGUGCCGGCUACGACUGUCGGAAACUGCACGUGCGAGGGCAAAGAGAGCGACGGGCGUAUGGUGAUGUGCGACCACGAUGUCUGUGAGAGGGUGUGGUUUCAUCGAAAGUGUAUCGACCUCGAUUGGGGUCCGGAGGGAAUGUGGUGGUGCGUUGACUGCGCGGUGUUUGCUGCUGUCGCGAGGCAGUGA